CGCCCCCGGAAGUCGCUCCCCCGGCGCGACCCACCUGCCGCGGCGCCGGAAGUGGUCGCCGUCAGGCUGGUUCCGGCCGGCAGGGUGCUCUCGGGCCAGGGAGGCGGGCCGCGCACCGGCCGGAGGUUGGAUCGCGCAUGGCGGAGGGCGGCGGUCCCGACGGUCGGGCCGGCCCGGGGCCCGCAGGUCCCAAUCUGAAGGAGUGGCUGAGGGAGCAGUUCUGCGACCACCCGCUGGAGCGCUGCGAGGACACCCGGCUCCAUGACGCCGCCUACGUGGGGGACCUGCAGACCCUCCGGAGCCUGCUGCAGGAGGAGGGCUACCGCAGCCGCAUCAACGAGAAGUCCGUCUGGUGCUGCGGCUGGCUGCCCUGCACCCCGCUGCGCAUCGCAGCCACCGCCGGCCACGGGAACUGCGUGGACUUCCUGAUCCGGAAGGGGGCCGAGGUGGACCUGGUGGACGUGAAGGGGCAGACGGCCCUGUACGUGGCCGUGGUGAACGGGCACCUGGAGAGCACCCAGAUCCUCCUGGAGGCCGGCGCCGACCCCAACGGCAGCCGGCACCACCGCAGCACCCCCGUCUACCACGCCUCUCGCGUGGGCAGGGCCGACAUCCUGCAGGCCCUCAUCAGGUACGGCGCGGACGUGGACAUCAACCACCACGUGGUCCCCGACAUCCGGCCCCCCUUCUCCCGGCGCCUCACCUCCCUGGUGGUCUGCCCCCUGUACAUCAGCGCGGCCUACCACAACCUGCAGUGCUUCCGGCUGCUGCUGCAGGCCGGCGCUGACCCCGACUUCAACUGCAGCGGGCCCGUCAGCACGCAGGGCUUCCCCCGGGGCGCGCCCGGCUGCGUCAUGGACGCCGUCCUGCGGCACGGCUGCGAGGCGGCCUUCGUGCGGCUGCUCGUGGACUUCGGGGCCGACCUGAGCCUGGUGCGGUGGGAGUCCCUGGGCCCGGAGGCCCGGGGCCGGAGGAAGGUGGACCCGGAGGCCCUGCAGCUCUUCAAAGAGGCCAGAAGUGUCCCCAGGGCCUUGCUGAACCUGUGCCGCGUGGCCGUGAGGAGAGCGCUCGGCAAGCACCGGCUGCACCGGAUCCCCUCGCUGCCGCUGCCGGCCCCCAUCAAGAAGUUCCUGCUGUACGAGUAGGGGGCCGGGGACGGCCGGGGGCGGCGGGGGUGGUCUGCCGAGAAGUCGGCCCGAGUUCCGCCCCUCGAGCCGCGCCUUGCGCCGACUCGGUCUCCCCGGGCUCUCGGCGGGGCCGGCGGCCCCAUCCCUGUGCUGUGACCCCCUCGGGAAUCUCCAGCCAGG